ACUCACCAACAAGAUGAUUGAGCUGCUGACUGGAGAGGUUCCUAUAAGGUGUCAGGAUGUCACCGUCUAUUUCUCCAUGGAGGAGUGGGAGUAUUUAGAAGGACACAAAGAUCUGUACAAGGACAUCAUGAUGGAAGAUCACUGGCCUCUCACAUCAGCAGUUAAGGAAGAGAGGAGAACACCGGAGAGAUGUCCCAGUCCUCUUCUUCCACAGGAUGGUUCAGAAGAACAUUGCAAUAUCCCAUGGGAUGAUGAUCAGCUUGUGAAUCCGGGUGAAGAUCUGAACAUUAUAUAUGUUACAGAGACACAUGUGAAGGGUGAGGAGCAGAGUAUAGAGGACAUUCCUACAGAUGUCCGCCCAGAUGACUGUAACAGGAGCUCAGAAGAACAUCUGGUGUCUUCACAUUUUAAAGCAGAUGAUCAUGUUGUCACACAAGAUACCUAUAAAAAACAUGCCAUUAUCACAGAUGUACCCUCUGACAUUCACAGCAAAAAUCCAUCAUCUGAUGCUAUGAAACACGCUGAGGAGAAGCCAUUUUCAUGUUCAGAAUGUGGGAAAUGUUUUUCUUUAAAAAAAACUCUUGUAAUGCACCAGAGAAUUCACACAGGAGAGAAACCAUAUUCAUGUUCGGAAUGUAAGAGAUGUUUUGCUUGGAGAUCGGAUUUAGUUAGGCAUAAGCGAAAACAUACAGGGGAGAAGCCGUUUUCAUGUUCAUAUUGUGGGAAAUGUUUUAACCAGAAAUCAGAUCUUGUUAUACAUCAGAGAUGCCACACUGGGUCAAUGCUAUUUACAUGCACAGAAUGUAACAAAUCUUUCAACCAGAAAUCAGCUCUUCUCAUUCAUCAGAGAAUUCACACAGGGGAGAAACCAUUUUCAUGCCCAGAAUGUGGGAAAUGUUUUGCUCAAAAAUCAAGUUUUGAUUACCAUCAGAGAACUCACACAGGAGAGAAGCCAUUUUUAUGUUCAGAAUGUGGGAAAUGUUUUAACAGGAAAUUACAUCUCGUUACACAUCAGAUAAUUCAUACAGGAGAGAAGCCAUAUUCAUGUUCAGAGUGUGGGAAAUGUUUUACUCGAAAAUCAAGUCUUGAUUACCAUCAGAGAACUCACACAGGAGAGAAGCCGUUUUCAUGUUCAGAAUGUGGGAAAUGUUUUACAAACAGAUCAAAUCUUUUGAAACAUAGGCAUAUUCACACAGGAGAGAAACCACAUUCAUGUUCUGAAUGUGGGAAAUGUUUUACCCACAAGUCAGGGCUUGUUACACAUCAACGAACUCACACAGGGGAGAAGCCAUUUUCAUGUUUAGAAUGUGGGAAAUCUUUUCCUUGGAAAUCUGAUUUUGUUAGACAUCAGAGGAGUCACACAGGGGAGAAGCCACAUUCAUGUUCUUAAUGCGGGGAAUAUAUUAACUGGAAAUCUAAUUUUGUUAGACCAAAAGAAUGUACACAAGGGAAAAGCCAUUUUUAUGUCCUGAAUGUGGGGAAUGUAUACCCACAAAUUACAUCUUUAUAAACAUUGCAUUUUCUUUCGUUAAAUUAUACAAACAUUUCACUUACAGUCAAAGUAAAGUCAUGUCACACAGGAGAAAGGGAAAUCGGUUAAGAUUCAUAAAUGACGAUUAUGAAAUGUAUGUAAUUACUAAUCAAUGUCUCUUAUCCAAAAAGCAAAUAGAAUCCAGAUAGCUCACCUGUAUAUCCACCAUGUGCAGAGACUAUUUUACAUUAAUUUAUUUAACUGAAUAUUAAAACUUGUUUCCAAUUAUUAAAAAUAUUUGCUUUAAAGCUUG